AUGACCAAACUGUAUUCUGAAGAGUUGCAAUUGGAAAGAACGGAUCCGAAUCUUUGGAGACUACGUGUUGAUAAACUGGGUCGUGAAAGCUGGGAGUACAUCAGUAAAGAGGAUGCUAAAAAUGAUCCACAGUCCAAAUACGUUCAAUGGUUGUUACAGCUCCCCAGUUUUCCCAAGCCUUCACCUAAAAUUCACAGCGGCAAUGCUAAGAAGUUUAAUGCUUUAGAAGCUUGUAAGAAUGGUGCCUCUUUUUAUCAGCUUUUACAAGAUCCUGAUUCAGGUAUUUUUCCAUGUCAAUACAAGGGUCCUAUGUUCAUGACGAUUGGUUAUGUUGUGGUGCAUUACGUGGCAGGUAUUGAAAUUCCUAAACCAAAGAGAUUAGAAAUGAUUAGGUACAUUGUCAAUACAUCACAUCCUGUUGAUGGCGGUUGGGGGUUGCAUUCCACUGAUAAAUCCACAGUUUUUGGGACUGCUAUCAAUUAUGUUAAUUUACGUUUGUUGGGAUUACCACGAGAUCAUCCAGUUUGCGUGAAAGCCAGAAGAACUCUUCAUAAAUUAGGUGGUGCAUUGGGGGCACCUCAUUGGGGGAAAAUUUGGCUCAGUGUCUUAAACCUUUACAAAUGGGAAGGUGUUAAUCCAGCACCUCCGGAAACCUGGUUACUACCUUAUUUCUUACCAAUUCAUCCAGGCCGUUGGUGGGUUCAUACUAGAGCCAUUUACUUACCAGUGAGUUAUCUGUCAUUAAUUAGAUACCAAUGCCCCUUAACACCACUUUUACAAGAAUUGAGGGAAGAACUUUAUGUGAAGCCUUUCAAUUCAAUAGAUUUUGGUUCAAAUAGAAACACAGUUUGUGGUGUUGAUUUAUACUACCCACAUUCCAAAGUUUUAGACUUGAUGAAUAGUGUUCUGGUAUUUUAUGAAAAACAUUUGAGAUUCAAUUGGAUUAAUACCAUGGCAAAGAAUAGAGUUUACGGUUUGAUCAAAAAAGAAAUUGCCAAUACUGAUUACUUGUGUAUUGCGCCGGUAAAUCAAGCAUUCUGCGCUUUAGUGACAUUAAUCGAAGAGGGUGUCAAUUCACCUCAAUUCAAGAGGUUUCAAUUCAGGUUUAACGAUGCAUUAUUCCAUGGACCACAAGGUAUGACUAUGAUGGGUACGAAUGGUGUGCAAACAUGGGAUUGUGCCUUUACUAUCCAAAGUCUUUUCACCGCUGGGCUUGCUGAAAAGGAACAGUACUACGAGACAGUUGUAAGGGCUUACGAAUUUUUGAAUCGUGCUCAAUUCCAAGAUGAAUGUGUACCUGGAAGUUUUAGAGAUUUGAGAAAGGGAGCAUGGGGGUUUUCCACCAAGACUCAAGGCUAUACGGUUUCUGAUUGCACCGCUGAAUCGAUAAAGGCAAUUAUUAUGGUUAAAAAAUCUCCAUUUUAUGCCAAGGUUCACAGUUUAAUAGAUGAUGAAAGAUUGUGUCAAGCAAUCGAUGUACUUUUGAGCCUUCAAAAUGUAGGACCUUUCGAAUAUGGUUCAUUUGCUACAUAUGAAAUGAUUAAAGCACCACUCUUGAUGGAAAAAUUGAAUCCUGCUGAAGUAUUUGGGAAUAUUAUGGUUGAAUAUCCAUAUGUUGAGUGUACAGAUUCAGCAGUAUUAGGAUUGACUUCGUUCCAUGAUUACUGUGAUUACCGUAGAGAUGAAAUUAGUGAUCGCAUUAAUAUUGCCGUUGAUUAUAUUAAAAAGUGUCAAAAUGAAGAUGGAUCUUGGUAUGGUUGUUGGGGUGUAUGCUUUACAUAUGCAGGUAUGUUUGCUCUAGAGGCUCUUCAUUCUGUUGGAGAGGAUUAUCACAAUUCAAAGAUUGUACAAAAGGGAUGUGAUUUCCUAGUGGAUAGACAGAUGGCAGAUGGCGGUUGGGGUGAAACAAUGAAGUCUUGCGAAUUGCAUACUUACGUUGAAAGUCAAGAAUCAAUGGUUGUACAAACUUCAUGGGUAAUCAUUGCACUGUUACUUUCUAAGUAUCCAAACAAGAGUGUAAUCGAUAGGGCGGUUAAAUUUUUGGAAACCCGCCAAGAAAGAUCAGGUGAAUGGAAGUUUGAUGGUGUGGAAGGUGUGUUCAACCAUUCGUGUGCGAUUGAAUAUCCAAACUACCGAUUUAUUUUCCCCAUUAAGGCUCUUGGUCUUUAUGUAAAUGCUUUUGGCAAAGAGGCUAUUUAA